GGAUUUUGUGUGGAGGAUGGAGAUGUACUGUACAGCCAAGUUUUUGUAGAUUCAGUCAUGGAUUGGAAAUUGCUGAAAGCUUUAGAAGUGAGCUGAAUCGCUUAGACUUGUACACACACGUACACACACUGUGUAUGGUGGAGUUCAUAUAGGUAUAGUAUAUGUACAUGUAAUUUAAAGAAGUGUAAUCAGUUUUCAGUAUUUCUGGAAUUUUUUCCGUUUGCACGUGUACAUAUAUGCAAUAUAUACAGUGUGUCAUGGACAGACAUAUCAAGUAUGCUGGUAUAGGCACAGUACAGCUUAUGACGAUUGACUGAUUAUAUAAUUAGUACAAGUUUUUCACAAAGUCGGACAAUAAUGGGUAGACGUCAUUCGGAAACCUUGUGCUCCUGUUCCUUGGUGCAUCCUGUACGAAGUGCGAAGAGACGGCGUAAAUCGCCACGUUCGUCUCAGAGGCAGUCUCCAGAGCAAUCCAGAUGCUCCAAAUGUCGCAUGUGUCUGUCCAGCUGGUACUUUGAGCAGAAUGGCCAGUUGUACUGUAGGAGAGACUACUGGGACAAGUUUGGAGAGGCGUGUAAUCGCUGUGGUCAGGUCAUUACUGGGCCUGUCAUGGUGGCCGGGGACCACCGAUACCAUCCCGAGUGUUUCCAGUGCGAGCAGUGCCAGGGUUACAUAGGGGAUGGGGAAACCUACGCCCUGGUGGAGAGGUCAAGGUUGUUCUGUGGGGAGUGUUACAGGUUGACCGUAAAACCCCUAGUGUCAGACUCGCCCGGUCGCCGCACCCCCCACUCCAUCCAGCUUGUCGAGAUUCCCCCCACCCCCGAUGGCAAGAGGGGGCUGCAGUAUUCACUGGAGAGGAGGCUCAGCCUUAGUCCAGCAGCUAGCAAAGACAAUAUCUCCCUGCUCAGGAUAUCAGACCUUGACCUGAGUCCUGAGCUGAGCAUGCUCAGUGUGGGAGACAAGAUACUAGAGGUCAAUGGGUCAGCGGUCAAGGACAGACCUUUAGAGGAGAUUGACUCCUUGUUAAAGAAUGCCGGGGAAGCAUUACAGCUGACAGUGGAACGCGAUCCUGAACCUAUCCGCAAACAGACCCCAGUCCGCGACCGCUUCGGACUGGACACGCCUCCAUCUCCGCCUCUAGUCACAGAGAUUGGCGGGGUGAAGGUGUGUCGCCGGGAAAAAUCAACCCUUAAAGCUAGAGAUUACAGCCCUACACGAAGGCGCAGCAAAUCUCCGUCACCAGCACCCCCUAGCAGAGCAAAGAGCAUUGAUCUGAGCCGCACCCAGUCCUUCCGCAGUCAGUCACAUGACCACCGGGUGUUCCGGGCACGGGAUCUAGUCUCUGGGGAAGUCCUGGGCAAGGGAUUUUUCGGGCAGGCCGUAAAGGUGACCCAUAGGUUGACUGGAGAAGUCAUGGUGCUCAAGGAGUUGUACAGAUUUGAUGAAGAUGCCCAGAAAAGCUUUCUCAAAGAGGUGUCUGUGUUACGGAACCUGGAUCAUCCUAAUGCUCUCAAGUUCAUGGGGGUGCUGUACAAAGACAAGAAACUUAACCUCGUCACAGAGUUUAUCUCUGGAGGAACCUUAAAAGAUUUACUACAGGACAUGAGCAAGCCUCUGUCCUUGAUAGACAAAGUGGGAUUUGCCAAAGACAUAUCAGCUGGAAUGGCUUAUUUACAUUCUAUGGGUAUUAUCCACAGGGACUUAAAUUCGCAGAACUGUCUUGUUCGAGAGGACAAGACAGUAGUCGUGGCAGAUUUUGGUUUAGCGCGCGUCAUUAAUGAAAAGAUGGACCCACGGCUCGGCUCUUUGGAAAGGAUGAACACUAAGGGGAGCUCACCCACCAAGCGGUUCGGCCGUAAAAAACGGUACACGGUGGUUGGCAAUCCCUACUGGAUGGCACCAGAGAUGAUGACAGGGCAAAAAUAUGAUGAAAAAGUCGAUGUCUUUUCCUACGGAAUUGUAGUGUGUGAAAUUAUUGGCCGUGUCCAUGCUGACCCAGAUUACCUGCCUCGCACGCUUGACUUCGGUCUGAACGUGGAGGUGUUCUACAAAAAGUUCUGUACUGAUUGUCCCGAUGCUUUUGUUAUGCUGGCGGUCAUGUGUAGUCAGGUGUGCCCAGAAAACAGACCAUCUUUCGACAAGAUCAGUUGUUUAUGUGAAGCCUUGCUUCUUCAUCUGGAACAUGGCAUGGCCUUGACCUCUGACCUUUGUGGUGACCCGGUGGCCUAUCAAAUGUCUCUAAACCAACCAAUAGGAGCUUUAACUCCUCCCCGGAGGAACAGCAAAGACUGUACGGCACAUCGCAGUGCGAAAAAACUCAGCGUUAUUGUAGAGAAUGGCAAAGAAAAACUGUCGGGGAAUUCUGAAACGUCCUCUGCAUCCUCUGCAUCCUCAGAUACAUCACCGGAAUCAUCAUGAUGUGUUUGUUUGCAAAAAAUAACCUGUGUAGAUAAAAAAAAAAAAUAUUUUUAUACUGGACAACACUUCACUGGUCACGUUUUCAGCAGCUUCUGUUGAGACUCGAGGCUAGUGUCAUCUUUGGUGUACAGAUCAUGGCCUUUGAUUGGGCAUCCUGUAAUAGUUAUUUUGCUCUAUUUCCGUGCCAUCUGUGAUGUCUGCAUUAAAAAUGCUGCCAAUUUCUCACCUGUUACAAAGUGCACUGCAUAAAUCUGCCAUGGAAACAAAAAUGUGGAACUGUACCCUGCAAAGAAUUCCUAUAGAGCUACAGGGUGGCCUUCGAGAUGAACAGUCGGUUUAGAGUUGAGUCGGUUUAGAGUUGUUUACUGUGUUGGCUGGCCAUGUUGGAGUUGCUAACACUCUUGAUGUACAUGUAUCUCCAAUUUGAAGAUUCCUCAACUUCAGCUAUCAUCUUAGAUUUGUUACAUGUCUGGUUCAGCCAUCUUGGAUUUUUUUUUUGAAGACUGUGGUUCAGCCAUCUUGAAUUUGUUAACACACCGAUUCAUCCAUCGUGAAUUUGUAAACUCAUUGGCUCAGUCGACUGGGAUUUCCCAGAUCUGCUGUAAUAUUAGCAUUCUUAGAUUUGUUAACACAGGUGUUCAACCAAGUAGUUUGUGUUUUAACACACUGGUUCAGCCAUCUUGGAUUUGCUAGAUCUCUGUGUAGUUUUUGGAUUUGUCCACUUUCAUGAACUUCCUUCUCGGAUAUGUUGUUAACCAGCCUGAUAAUCCAUUUUGCCAUGCAGCCUUAGAACAAUUUAAGCUCAAGACUUCAGUGAAGGACAUAUACAGUGUUAGUUUAAGGCAAUUUACAUAUUGUUUUUUCGUUUUAAGAAAGGAAACGAAAAACAAUGGCAUCUGCCUUUGUGUUUUGGAUAUUCUGUGACAGACAUGGGUACAUACAUGUAUGAAGAGGAGUUACCUCCCUUUGAAGUGGUCAGUUAGUGCUGACCACUCAUUUGCACAUACAAAACAUUGAUGGUUCAAAAGAGGAAAAAAGUGAGAAGUGGACACAUUUGAAGUGACCAAGCCAUCAGUGUUCAGCUUGAAUGUGAAACGUGAUGAGAGAUCCCGUGUUUAGGAAAUGAAGCAAAAAGUGCUAAAUGUCUUGGUAUCCUUAUGAAGUGCUGUAUGAAAAAAAAAUCGUCCUUGUCAGCCUGAGCAUGAACUGUUUUUCUCAUGUGCCACAUAUGACCUUGACCUAUGCAAUAUGACCUUUUGAUCUUUUUAAUGGGGACAAAGGUCAGCUACGUUUUACACAUGACAUUCCAACAGUUACAAAGUGUUAAGAAACUUCUAAAGAAUCAUGAGAAUUCCUUUAACCGACUUGCAGGUUCAGCAUGUAUAUUAUAUCCUGUGAAGCUGUUUUUGAAAAAGAAACAGUUCUUAGAAUUCUUAAGAUGAGUUUUAUAUCUCCCUAACUAAUACCUUAAUUAACAAAUCAUUCCUGUUGGACAAAGAAGCACCUUGUGUAGAGCCACUGUUUACUCCCUUUUUUUGUACCCCAAAAAAAAUCUUCCUCUCCAUCAGAAAAGAAUUUUUUUCAGCCUGGUACCCUGCCACUUAUUUGGAGCAUGGCAGCUGUUAGGAGGCAAGAUUACAUGUAAGACUGAAGAAACUCGUCAGUGAUGACACUGCAGAAAAUUUCUUUACUGUGUGUAAACGGCAUAAAAGGGAAAUAAUGCUUGUGGCUAGGAUUUGUUCUUAUUGUCGUGACAGAAACUGACAUAGCAUUGUAAGCCUGAUGGCUGUGCCACUCGAGAGUUCAAUUUUUGCCACUGGCCUUUUACUUACAUGUAACAUCGUGUCUGUGUAACGAUAACAAGGUGCUGUCUUCUCCUAUAAGAUCAUUUUAUAGCGUUGAUGGACCAAACAAAAUUUUUUGGCGCUUUAAUAUGUUGUACUUGUUUACUAAUUGAAUUAAUUUCAUGAUAUGCACCACUGUGUGUUCUUACAUGAAGCUCAUAGAAAAAAGGACCAAUUUUAUCCUUCCCCCCCACACCCUUCAUCCUGCAGACAGCUUUAACGGUUGCUGGUAUUUUUUCAGAUCUUUGAUAAAGUUUUCAUAUUUUUUCUUAAAUGUUCUGCUUAUAAUGUUCUUUAUAUUCAUGUAUAUAUUAAUAUUUGGGUCUAUGGUGAAAUUAGAAAGUGUAAUUGUUUGCGAAUGGCUAGUUGUGUAAAGUGCUGAAAUUUAAUUUAAACUCCAGUAAGUUCAUAUUGUGAUAUCGUUUUUUUACAAUGUUCAUGAUGAUUAAUUGGUUUGUGCGUAUGUGUUAUUUACAUGUAUAGAUAUAAGCUACGUGCACAUCGAUAUUUUCUUCCAAUGUAUGAUGUUUUCUAGACUUAUUUCUUGAUUUUUCACUUUUUCUACAAAGAAAUUUUUUGAGACAGCUUUCAGUACAACCUUCAAAAGCAUGUGCUACAACCAUAAAGAGAUUUCUGUACAAUCCUGCAGCAGAUUGUACAACCUACAUGUAUGUUUCUGUAGAACCUGUGAAUGAAGACUGAGUCUUACUUGAUAGGAGCUUUGCUAAAUGAAGCGUUACUCUAAGUCUUGAUUUUAUACAGUGAUCAGAACAGUUUGAUCUUUAAAGGUUAAUUCCUUGGAAGAUGUACCUAUAAUAAAAUGUAAAAGGUUUAUCACUUGCCCAAGUACAUCUUUGACAGCAGGAACAAGUGGCACAAUAUUUUUUCUGCAAGCUGAUAUAUUCCAUACAAAAUCAGCACCUUACAUUCGACCAAAUGCUCUUCAUGUAAAGUCUUGACUAUCACACUUGCGUUUAAAGAGAAUAAAACAUCAAAGAAAGUUUGUUCGUUAAAAUAGAUAUGGUACAGUAACUUUAUCAGGAAAGACGUUUCUUUUGUAACAUAAUCUGACAAUCAUGUCAACAACACAUCAUUAGUAUUGCCAUCUUUAGCAUGGUCGGACAUUUUGGAGAAGAAAUACAGAUAUUUAAGCUGUUUAUGGUGCAGUUGUUGUUCAUUGAGUCCUAACAGUUGUAAGGUCAUUUUCACAUCUUUUAAUUAAUCAGCUGAUUGUAUUAAAAUAUGAACAUGUACUCAAG